CCGGAAGAACAUUACUGCCGAUCUCCGCUAUUAGGACACGGGGAUUGGAUGGGCUUAGCCUGCAACGUGUGGCAGUAGCAACAGCGUGCAGGUGCAGCACUGUGAGCUCGACAUCCUCGACGCACGCCGGAGCUUGGAGAGAGCAGCAAGCAGCAUACAGCCGCAUCCACAAUCCUCCUCCCCUCCACGACAUCAUCAUCGAAUUCCCAUCUACGAGCUCAAACCACAUCAGACGAUACCAUGAAGCUCUUCGUAGGGCUUGCGGCUGCCCUGACCGGCGUCGCGACCGCGCUCUCCUCUGAUCAGCCCGCUGACGUAUAUCUCCUGCAAUCGAAGCAGCCUCCGAGCUCCGAUAUCCCAUCAUUACCACGACAGAUUGUCCGCCUUAUCCUCCUUCAACGUCUGUCCCCCGAGGGUCAACAUGCAUCCUGGGAUCUUCCCGAGUCUAUCUCCAACGAGAAGGCCGUUAGCUACUUGAACGAGUUCGGCAAGGCCCCUCAGGCCCUCUUCACCAAUGCCGCCUCCACAAACCCGUCCCAGCUCGUCGUCAUGCUCGAGGGCAUCACUGCCGACGAUGCCAAGACGCUCCAGAAGUCUCUUGCGACCUCUGGACCUACCUUCAGAGUUGGAGAUGCUCCUUCCAUUACAGCCAAUGACAUGUUGCUGGCGAACGACUUGCCGUCCGUUGGCGUUACCGCAAAGAACUGUGCUUUCGAUAAAGCCAUCAACCCCUUUGCCGAGCAAUGUUGGAGUGGCAAGUCAUCAGUCGUCAGAUUUGAUACCAAGAAGGACUCGUCGAUCCUCGUGUCCCUCACCGAGAACGCCACCCUUCUUAAGCAGCUUGCUGCCAAUGGCGAGAUGGAAACCGUCAUCAUUGCUAUGCCCGAGUUGUCUCGCAACUCCGAGCUGCGUCAUUGGUCCUCCAAGCCUGAGGAGCUCCGUCGUCGCCAAGCCGAGGAAGUUAUGACUAUGACCGAGACCGACGAUCACGACCUGCCCGCUCCCACUACCCCAGUCCAGAGCACGGCGCCCUUCGUUGGAAACGCCGAGAGAGGCACCAUUCCUUCUUGCUUUGGCUCGCAGGAUGCCUGCGUCAAGGCCACUGGUAACUGUUCGGGUCACGGCGAGUGCUUGAAUAAGUACGCCAGAGCGGAUGGCCAGUCUGCCGGAACAUGCUUUUCCUGCUUGUGCCUCGGAACUAAGAAUGAGACGACGGGCAGUGUUACUCACUGGGGCGGCAAGACCUGCAGCAAGAUUGAUGUCAGCGUUCCCUUCUGGCUUUUUGUUGGUUUCGGUAUCGCCAUGGUCGGUACCCUGACCUUUGCUAUUGGUCUGCUCUUCAGCGUUGGCGAGGAGAAGCUUCCGGGUGUCAUUGGCGCUGGCGUCUCCAAGACCAAAUAAGGAUCGUCAUUGAAUGGUCAUUUAACAAUAGGGAAGGAUGGGCCUUGACCUCGAUCAAGGCAGGGUGAUUGUGCUUAUAAUUGGCAAGUGGUAGUCUGUACCAUAGGUGUAUUCUCAUGCGGCGUUGGCAUUGGCAGGACUUUUCUCUCUUUAUACGGAGAGGUUAUUUCUUAGACAAUCGAAAAGAAUUGAAACUAUGAUAACAA